CACAUUUCCUUCCACUAGGAAAUUCAUUAGCGUCUGUUACACCAGGGGGACGUAAACAGAGCUGACCAAAAAAGAGAGAGACAGAGAAAUAUAAAAAUAAGAAAGAAAGAGAUAUUCUCGUGUGAUAUUUACCUGCAGUCAUGGUGUGUAUCCCUUGCAUUGUCAUUCCCGUCCUCCUGUGGGUUUACAAACGCUUCCUGGAGCCCAUCAUCUAUCCCUUCAUCUCUCCCUUCAUCAGCCGGUUCUGGACCAAAACAGCAGUACAGGAGGCGGAAACAACCGACACACAGGGCAAGCAAACAAACCAACCAAGCAAGACUGAAUGCAACGGAAACGCAAACGUGUGUUGUACACCUAACGGGACGACGGCAGUCUCCGACAAAAAGAAGGACUGACAUAACAUGCAGCUGUGUAAACGUCAACCAUGUUUGGCUGUAGAUACUUUUAUUAAAAUCAUGCUUUCUUGAUCUGACAUUGUUACAUAAGCUUAAUUUAGUCCUAUUUAGAAUUUCCUUUUAUAGAUUAAUUGUUAUAUAAUAAUUUAAUAUAUUGAUUUAUUAAGCUGCUUAAUCUCCAUUCCCUGAAGACUUCAGACCAGAUUCAAAUGACUAUUUGAUAUGUUUCCAGAAUGGUUUUGGAGUUAGUCUGUAAAGAGAAAUAAAUAUUUAAAUUUCACAA